AUGUUCCGAACUGCUGCACCCCCUUCGGUGCCCUCGAGCUUUGGCAACGUCUCUGCCGCAACUGCACAUGCAGGCGGCGUGGCUUCUGGGUCCGUAGCUCGCCAUCAUACCGACAAGGCACUCGCAAGGUAUCCGCAUCGACUCAACUUUUACGCGGUUCCGCCCAUCCAUGAAGUCACCAUCGAGCAGUUCGAGUCGUGGGCCAUCGAUCGUCUCAAGGUGCUGGCAGAGAUCGAGUCCUCCCAGGCUCGCAACCGCACCUAUGCUGAGACCAAGGAUGCUGUCAACGCGCUCGCAAAGCGUUUGCUGCCCCUCAAUGCCAACACAGCCAUCAAGACAGCCGACCUGCUCGCUGAGCGUCUCAAGGACCACGUCAGCCACUUUGUACUCCGUCUCGCCUUUUGCCGAAGCGAGGAUCUGCGACGACGCUUCGUAAAAGCAGAGUCGCUGCUCUUCCGACUGCGCUUCGAGACCGACGAUGCCAUCGAGCGCGAGAGCUUCAUGCGCUCGCUCAAUCUCGACUGGAACCCUGUCUCUGACGAAGAGAAGAGGAUGUACCGCAAGGAACUCGUAGCCACGCACCCCAAGAUGGCCACCACCUUUGAAAGCGAGACCUUUUUCAAGGUCGAUUGGACGCGUGUUACCGACCUCGUCGAGAAGCGAAGGGUGUUCAUGCGAGCAGGCCAAGCUUGGGUGCCAAUCAAGGAGCAGUCCAGUCUCGUCCUCGCCGAGUUCCAGUCGCGCCUCCUCCGUGACCUCGAGAUGACCGCUCGCGCUCUCCCACGUCUGGACGAAGACGACCGUCUGCUGCCCGUGCUUUCACACCUCAGCAUGGGCUUCCUCGCCGGUAUCUCGACCGACUACACUGGGUCCAGCAUCACCGCUGACGGCAACACCACCGUCACUGCCGGUAUGGUCGACGCUCUCGUCAAGACGCACGCUCCUCUCUGCAUGAAGAAUCUCCACCACACGCUCACCGCCACGGGACAUCUCAAGCACUACGGUCGACUGCAGUACAAUCUCUUCCUCAAGGAGCUCGGCUUGCCCGUCGAAGAAGCGCUCGUAUUCUGGCGACGCAGCUUCAAGAACAUGACUGACGACAAGUUCAACAAGGAGUAUCGCUACAACAUCCGCCACGGCUACGGUCUCGAAGGUCGACGCAUGAACUACCCGGCAAAGAGCUGCGCGCGCAUCCUGACCCAAGACCAGCCAGGUCCGCAGGACUCGCACGGCUGCCCCUUCCGCCACUUUUCCACCACCAAUCUGUCGGCAGCCAUGGUGCAGCACUACGGCCUCAAUCAGGUCGAGCAGUCCGAGAUCCUCGCCUCGGUCAAGCAGGGGCACUACCACGUUGCCUGCACGCGCAUCUUUGAGAUCACCCACCAGCGAUCGGGUAUCAAGAAGGGCCAGGGCCUCGAUGGCCGAGGUGAGACCGUCACGCACCCCAACCGAUACUUUGAGAGCAGUUGGAAGCUGUCGCAGGUUGAGGGAGAGGGUGAGUGCGGUGCAGAUGGCAGCCAGAGGGAUUUGCCUGAUCACGAAUUGCAAGGCAACUCGAACAGCACACCGCACGAUCCAUCAUCACCACAAGCUCAAGUCGCAGUAACAGUGCCGGCAGCGACAGCCUCGACAGACAACAUGGACGAGUCGUAA